AUUUGGUCAACAGUCUGUCGUGCUAGACGUCCUCACGGUUUCUUCCAUUGAAUCCGCAAUAUAGAACCAAUGACCGGCUGGCCUUACGUACCGAUGGGCUUCCUUCUAGCAGCAAUACCCGCACCAAUAGUCACUUCCUUUCCGCUUGAAUCACCUUCCUUCUCUGGGCGUUCCGCCUCGUCGUGCAGAGCAAAUGAAUCGACUUCAAGUAGCCCAAACAGAACGUUCUCGUUUGAAUGGGCGUUAAUGAUCGUAAAACUUCAUUCUCCGCCAGUGACUACAACAUCAUAUGAACGAGUCAAGUCCUGCGGUGUUUUGCCUUGAAACAUUCACAUUGCUAGAACAGAAUAGCUGCCACAGUUUAGGCACAUGAACAACACAACCAGGUAGGGGUUGGCAAUAUUGCAAGCCUUGGAGUGUGCGGAUCGAAUCAUGGAUCUCCCAAGUUGGUUCUUCUAAAAUCGAUGAACCUCCAU